AUGGGAUCGAGCCGACGGAUGUCUGGGCAGGGCUGCGAGCGGCACCCGGCGGGAGCUGUUCACCCCGUCCCUGGCGCGAGCGGCACUGUAAAGGGCGUGCAUGCACAAGUGACAGGUGUUGUGGGGGACAAUAUACAAGCUAAAAGGAGGAGGACGACGAGGAGGAGGGGGAGGAGAGGGAAGAAAACGGAGAAAACGGCGAUGGAUCGAGGGAGGAGGAGCCACCUUUGGCAGCCUCUGGCAGCUGCGCUCCUGAACGCGGCGCCCACGGCCUGGCCGGACCAGGGCUCCAGGCUGGCGCAGUGGCGGCCGGCCUCGCUCGCCGCGCACCGCGCCAGCACGAGCGAGGCAGAGUGCGCGACGGCAAGGGCCUCAGCGACGGAGCCCGGAUCGCCAUGCCGCGGAAGCACGAAGGGUGGACGAGGAGGAGGCCACUGA